AUGGAUUUCACGGUGCUUAACGUAACCGAGACUCGUCUUAGUUUUAAAUGGGAUUUAUUGAUCAGGAUUCCUGAUAGACUUCCUGGUCAUUACACUCUUCAACCGAGUUGGGCUAAACUGCUUAAGGUUUCAUCGAUUGCUCUAGAGGGAGAUACGGACGAUUUGAUUGUGAAAGAUGUUAUGGAUAAUAUUAAAGAAAAAGGUGAAACAUGGUUCGGUGCUCGAUUGCUUCUUCCGGACUGUAGAGAAGGGACGAGCGGAAAGAUGAUGUAUGCGUGUGAUGAAGCCACUUUCCGGUUCGAGCAUGGCUCUAAGAAGGCAUUUGCGUUUGGAAACCAACCAACUUGCGCUAUCGUCACUAAUUAA